CAUUAAAAAUUCAAAACAAUAUUAUUUUUUGUUUGUUCUUAACUUAUCUAAGUCCGUUUUGCUUCUAGUCUUAUCAGUAAUUGUUUUCUCUUGCCAGUGUUAACAACCUAUAUUUCGCAAUUUUUGGGACAGGGAGAAAAGCAAAAGAAAGUGUUUGUAAAAUUCGUCAGUCAUACGAUGUUCGACGUCAUCUCACGCCACUCGUUGGAACCUAUUAAAAAGUAGUGUAUUUAAAGACGGGCGUUCCUAAAUUACAUAAAAUCUAAAAUAACUUGUUUUCGUUGACAUUGGCUCUUUCUUUAUAUUUCUGAACGUACCUAAUCCUAUGAGCUGUAUUAAAAAAUGGAUGGUGCAAAAUUAUUUUUAGGGUUCAUAUUUAUUUAUGGGUUACUUGCACAAAAUUCCUUUGGACUCUCACCAGUAAUUUUAAUACCAGGAGAUGGAGGCAGUCGCUUAGAAGCAAGGUUGAACAGAACAUCUGUAGUUCAUUACAUAUGUACUAAAACAUCAGACUACUUCAAUGUGUGGUUGAACCUAGAACUACUGGUUCCUAUAGUCAUUGAUUGCUGGGUUGACAACACAAGACUCGAGUAUGACAAUGUCACGCGAGCGACAAGGAAUCCUCCAGGAGUUGAUAUCAGGAUUCCAGGAUGGGGCAGUCCCGAACCAGUGGAAUGGAUUGACCCAUCGCAUCAGUCAUCAGGGUCAUACUUCAAUAAAAUUGCUGAUGCUUUAGUGACAAUUGGUUAUGUGAGAAAUGUCUCCAUAAGGGGAGCUCCAUAUGACUUUAGAAAAGCACCAAAUGAAAAUGCAGACUUCUUUGUAAAAUUAAAAACCUUAGUGGAGGACACUUACACGAUGAACAACAAGACAGCGGUGACGCUGCUGGUGCACAGCAUGGGCGGCUCAAUGGCGCUGCACUUUCUGCGGCUGCAGACACAGUCCUGGAAGGACCAGUACAUCAAGAGACUGUUGUCAUUGGCCACUCCCUGGGGUGGUUCCAUGAAAGCUGUUAAAGUUUUUGCAAUAGGUGACGAUCUGGGAUCGCUGAUGCUACGUGAAAGCACAAUGCGGACUCAAGAGAUUACUUGCCCUUCUCUCGCAUGGCUAAUGCCCUCGCCCGUACUCUGGAAGCCAAACGAGGUGCUCAUCCAGACCGACAAGUACAACUACACUGUCAACGAUUUCCAGAAAUGGUUCAUGGAUAUGGACCUGCUGGAUGCCUGGGAGAUGUUCAAGGACACGCAGAAGUAUAAGGGUGACUUCACAGCGCCAGGUGUGGAGGUGCACUGCCUUUAUGGAUACAAUAUAUCCACUGUGGAGAGGCUGGUGUACAAGCCAGGUACGUGGCUGGACGGGUACCCAUCGUUGGCGAUGGGCGACGGCGACGGUACCGUCAACAUACGCUCACUGUCCGCCUGCCGCUACUGGCGCGGGAGGCCGAGAGGCUUGCACGCCCACAGACACCACAACCUCAACGCUGGGAAACCCAUCAAAACUCUGGCGCUGCCGAACGCUGAACAUCUCAAGAUCCUGCAAGAUCAAAGGGUCGUCGACUACGUGCUAACAGUUAUGAAGAACUGACUGUAUUAAGGUAUAUUCAGAUGAGUUGUAGGUUACCACAGGAUUAAUACUCAGUGAUGAUUUUUUUUAUACUACGAUAAUGGCAAACAAGUUAUCGGUGUUGGUAAGCGGUUAUCAUAACCUACGGACGCCUGAAAGACCAGGAAAAUCACUUGCGUUACCUUUAAGAAACCUAAUGAUGGUAAAACUAUCUUUAUAACCAGUUUGAAAUCAAAGAAUAUGAGAAUAGUGGCUGUUGGUAUUUAAUUCUCUCUAUCAACUUUGAAAAAAAUAUAUAAUUUAACGUUACUAGUACAAUAAAUUCGUUUCGACGGACAGUAAGUUACAUUAUAAUCUGUUGGG